AUUUUCACAUUCUUGGGGGGUCGCUCCAAGUGUCAAGUCUGGUGCAGCCCAUUAAAAAAUCAAAGUUUUGUGAGUUUGUUGAGCUUUUGUUUACAUUUUUUUCAGCAACGAUAUAAUAUGCAGGAAAAUCAGAAUGAGUUCUAGCAACGAAUGUUCCCGUAAAUAUUUUUAUCUAGAAAGAACACUUAUAAAUUGCAUUAUUAUUCUUCAAAGUGAAGAAAAUGCUCACUUCUUUAGUUAAGUCUACUGACAACGAGUGGAAAAUUGGUUUUUUAAGAGUAUGUGGCGAGUAGUGUUGAGUCUCGAGGAUAAACCAAAUUCUGUACAUAUCUUCUUUACUAGACUAUCACCGAUAUUGAAGGCAGAAUCACAUAAAUCUAUCACAUAGUUACUCUUCAAACACAAUUUGCCCUCUCUGAAUGAAAUGGAUGUGAACGGUGAGCAGCCACUGGCUAGCAAUAAUUCCAUAUUGAAUGGCUUAUUGAGCCAUGCCGAUGUCAUGAAUUUCUUGAUGGAAUCCGAUAACCAAUCACAUGAAGAUAUUCGGUUCACUUGUCUGAUUAUCAAGAACUAUCCUUUAAGUAACUUGGACAUUCAGACGAAUGCAAUCUUCAUCAAGGAUAAGUUCGACUACUCCCGGAAACAUCGACCUUGUCAAACAACAGAAUCGACUCCACAUUGUUCAACCCAUUUGGAAACACCAUCCACAUCUCACUUGAAAGGACCAACAGUUUUUACACUAAAUGAGGAUGAAAUUAUUGACAACCCUGAUGAAGGCUUAUGGACUAAGUACCUAGAAUUACCUGAUACAACUUUGCUUCUAAUCUAUAUGAAUCGGAUGCUGAAUUUUAUCAAAAUGAGAAACAAAACAGUAUAUUUAAGCCUUUUUAAUGAUGUAAUUAUGUUUAAUCAUGGAUUGUGCUUUUUAGGGAGAGCUAUGAAAGAUACAAAUCUCACUUGUUUGGCUCUUGGAAGAAAUUAUCUCAUAUCUGAGUUGCUUAAUGAUUUUGCCAAGCAUUUACCAGAAUCCCAUAUCAAUUCACUGGAUUUGAGUAAUAAUUUGAAUACUAAAGUAGGAGAAGAUAGAAUGAACUUUUUGGCUACAAUAUUGAAAGAUACUAAAAUAACAAAUCUUAAUCUUGCCGGCAAUGGCUUGAACUUGAAAUUGUUGGCUCCCUGUUUGAAAGGUUCAAAAAUAAUGUCUCUUGAUUUAACUAAAUGUGGUAUACAAGAUGAUGAUUUCAAGUUCUUAGCUGAUGUUCUUAAAGACACGCAAAUCGCCACACUUGACCUCAGUGAAAAUCGCCUAAAAUGUGAUAGCUUGAUGAUAUUGGCUCCGUGUUUGGUGAAUACCAAGAUUAUCUCUCUUUCCUUGCAAGAUAAUAAACUUAUUGGCAUUGAUGGGUUGAAUUGUUUAGCUGGGGUUCUGAAAGACACGCAAAUCACCUCACUUGAUAUCAGGUUUAUAGAAUUAAACAGUGAAUUCUUGAAAACAUUGGCAUUGUCAUUAGUUGAUACAAAAAUUACAGCUCUCAAGUUUAGCUGCAAUUAUUUGUGUAGUGAUGGUCUGAAAUAUUUCUCUCAGUCUCUAAAGAACACUCAGAUUACGUCAAUUGACGUUACCGAUUUUGGUUCAGAAGUCAACACCGCAUCGCCAAUUUUUUUCAAUAGUUUGGUUGACACGAAAAUAAUCUCACUCAGUCUAACUUAUUGUCAUGAAAGCAUACCCACUUUUGAUAGUUUGGCAAACGUUCUGAAAGAUACUCCCUUAACCAGUCUCAAGAUAAGUCCUAUUUUUGAUGGUGAUAAUAAUUGGAUGAAUUCAGUUGCCCAUUGCUUGGUUAACUCAAAUAUAACUUCAUUAUACUUGGAUAGAUUGUCGGUUAGUGAUAUUAAAUUUCUAGCAGAUGUUUUAAUGUCAACAAAAACCACGUCUAUCGAUAUAAGAAGAAUUAAACAUCACCAUGAUAGCAUGAAGCUGCUUGAACUGUGUUUACUGAAUGCGAAUAUUACACAUUUAAGGUGGAAUUGUUGUUCAAUAUUAUUACCGGAUGACCUUGAGAACACAGAUAAUACUUAUGAGAACUGCUUUGGUAAAUUGCUGCAAAACUCACAAGUCACCUCACUUGACCUAUCUGACAAUAACAUGUAUGGUGCAAGCAUGAGACUAUUAGCACCUUCCAUGGUGUAUUCAAAAUUAUCUAUUCUCAACUUGAGUUCAAAUUAUUUAGGCCCAGAUGGUAUCCAGUCUUUAGUUCCAUUUCUUGGAUCUACUCAAAUUACAUCACUGAGUCUUUCUAGAAAUUAUUUGGAUUGUGAUAGCAUAAUGAACCUUGUCAUGUGUUUGCCAAAAACAAAAAUCACAUUCCUCGACAUCAGUUACAACACCAUUUGUUGUAAUGCUUUUUAUUUGGGUUCUGUUCUGGAGAACACUAAACUAACUUCUCUCGAUCUUAGUUAUGGAUGUUUAAGUGUAGAUAAUCAUUAUCUUAGAUAUCUUGGAGAUAAAGUCUUACAGAGUUUGCAUGUCAGUGAAUAUCUUGAUUUGAGUGGAUUUAGAUUAUUAUGUCGUUUCAAAUUAUUUUCUUUGUGUAAACAGCUGAGCUUAGUGAAUAUCACUUCUGUGAACCUUAGCGAUGUGAACUUGAAUUGUGAUAGCAUGUACUAUCUAUCACUCGGCUUGGUAGGAUCACAAAUUGAUUCACUUUAUUUGAAUCGGAACUCAAUAGGUUGGGCUGGUGCAUUGCAUUUGGCUAAAAUUCUUGUAUCCACUAAAAUUUCUAAAUUAACACUGGAAAAAAACAACAUUAGUUGUAAAGGUUUAAAGUAUUUGGCGCAAGGGUUAGUGGGAUCUCACGUAACAUCACUGAACGUGUCGUCCAAUUGCAUUGGCGACGAUGGUCUUAGAUACUUAGCUAAACAUCUUGUUGAUACUCAAAUAUCUCAUCUCUACCUUUCCAGUAACAAUAUAACUUGUAGAGGAGCUUUUUAUUUAUCUCAAGUGCUGGCUCAGAUUUUCUGGUUGAAUGUUUCAAGUAAUAGAAUUGGUUGUGAUGGCGUCAAGUAUUUGGCGCAUGGACUUCGUGGGUCCCGAAUGUGGUUACUCAAUCUAGCUUCCAAUUUAAUAGGGGAUGAAGAGGUCGAGUAUCUAGCUGAGUGCCUUAAAUGUACAACUACUCAAAUGGAUGAACUUGAUUUACGUGGCAAUCAAAUCUCGCCCCAAGUGGCUCACCAGAUAUGCGCAAGUGUUCUACAAUGUAAUUAUAAAACUAAAGUUAUAUUCGAUUUCAAUAACAUUAUGGAGAAUCCACCAAUGAACCAAGAACAUGAACGUUUGAUUCUAUUCAGAUAUCCAGGAUGCUCUAUUGAAAUAAAUCAUACAUUCUGGUACACUAAAGAACUAGAAAAUCUCAUUAAAUAUGCCAACUAUUGUGAAACUGGUAUCAGUUAUCUUAUACUAGAAGAAAGUCCAUCGCAGUUUUUUGGUGUAUUUGAUAAUAUUAAUAUUACUGAAAUUGAAAUCAAUUAUACUUUUCGAAUCUCUUCUAUUGUUCCAAUAUUUCAGAAAAGCAACGUUCUAAGGGUAGUAAUUAACAACUGCCGAAAAAGUGCUCUAGAAUUAGUUAGGCAGUUAAUUGUGAUUUCAGUGAAGCUCAGUAAUAUAGAAGAGGAGAUCAUUUUAAGAGAUCUCAGUAAAGUAAUUGAUGGACGCGAAAGCACUUUCUGUAACAUAAUGUAUCUUGAUCUAAGCCAUAAUAACUUGGGAAGAAGCGAAAAUGGGAUUGAAUAUUUAGCAAAGACUUUGGCAGAUUCUCGUGUAAUAUCUCUAGAUUUGAGCUUUAAUAAAUUAGUGGGAAAAGAUAUUUCAUUACUUGCUCAAGUCCUUCCCCAAACCAGAAUAAAUUACAUUGAUCUCUAUGCGAAUAAUAUAAAAUACAUGGGAUUCAAAUGUCUAAUGGAUGUUGUUGAAAAAACAAGGAUUUGUUGGCUUUCACUCGCAGAAAAUGGCAUAGAAAAUGGACUGGUUGAAAACAUUAAUUUAUCUCUAUACAUUGUACCACGAAAUGAUACCCCAAUCGAAUUCCAAAUACGAUACCUGUUCAAACAGUUGGUAUCGUUCAACACUGACAAUCAAUUGGAAUUUGUUGUUCCUAGAGACGAAUCAAUGUCUAUCAUUCAUUAUCCUCUUUUAAUUAAACACUUGUUGGAGACUCCUAGCCUCAAAAUCCAUGUCUAUGAUAUUUUCUACAUGUUAACUAGAAGACACGACAUUCAUAUUUUGAAUAAAACUAAUGAUUUCAUCCAAGAAAUAAUUAAGAAGUUUUUGUCAUUUUUCUCGAAUAAUUUGCCAAAGCUUGUAGAGAGAUACGGUUUUGAAAGUUUUGUGGAUCUCGUCAAGGAGUGCGACAAUUUGGGUUUGAUCAAAAUUGUUAGAGAUUUACUUGUGCAUAGGCCUUUAUUUUUCGUGAAUAAUGAGCAGACUAUUCUGCAUCCAUUCAUCUACAAAAUGCUACAUAAAUAUGGCAUGACAGUAUAUCAGAAAGAGAUGGAACCUAAUAAGAAACAACAGAUAAUUUCUUACUUUGAAAAGCAUUUAGAUAUUUAUUGUGCACCAGAAAUUAUUAAAUUACUAUCUUCGGACGAGUACCAAUAACUGUAAUAACAGUUACCACAGUUUAUAUUUAAAACAUUCAGGCUACUAAUGAAUUUGUGUUUUUUAUGUGUUCAUUCUUAUUGAUUGUAAGUGCACAAUUAAUUACUUAAAUAUCAAUGAGUUAUUGUAUUAGAAAUAAGAUUGGUUUGUUGUAAGAAUUAUUGAGCAUUGUGGAUUAAGAUUUAUCCGACUAUCAAUAUGAUAAUAUAGAUUAAUACAUAAUAUACUCCAAACUGUAUAUUUAUACUUUAUAAUUUAUAGUAGAUGUUUAUAAUGUUCAAAGAAUUGUAGAUAAACAUGCUUACAAUUUUUUAUUCUUGUAUCUGUGCAUUUAUAUUUGUAAAGUUAUUAAAUUAGUUUUAUGCACCAGAAAUUAUUAAAUUAUUAUCUUCGGACCAGUUCCAAUAACUGUAAUGUCAGUUAUCACAGUUUGUAUUUAAAACAUUUACUAAUGAAUUUAUGUUUUUUAUAUGUUCAUUCUUAUUGACUGUAAGUGCUUUUUUUAUAUGUUCAUUCUUAUUGACUGUAAGUGCACGAUUAAUCACUUUAGGCCUAUUAUCAAUGAGUUAUUGUAUUAGAAAUAAGCUGUAAGAUUUGAGCAUUGUGGAUUAAGAUUUAUUCGACUUAAAAUUAAGAUUUAUUCAUCAGUUACCACAGUUUAUAUUUAAAACAUGUACCAAUGAAUUUGUGUUCAUUCUUAUUCUAGUAUCUGUGCAUUUUUAUUCGGAAAGUUAUGAAAUUAGUUUUUAUAUAAAAAUUGUGUAUUUAAGACUGAUAUUUACUAGACCAAGCUAUGAAGUUGAAAAUGUAGCGUACAAAGAUGAAAUAUACUGGUAGCCUAUAUUUAGCCUAUAUUCCAGGUUCGCUAUAUUCCCAGUAGCCUAUAUUCCAUAUUCCAAGUGAUAAUACAGUUCGGUAGAUAAAUACAUUUUUGCCAAUUUUAAGUUGUUAUUAAUCACCAAGAGAACUAUUUCUAUUGAACUUUGUGCAUUGACACAAUUUAUUAUUAUACAGCAUAUUCAUUUAACAGUUUAUUUGAUUGAAUAAGAAUGUAUCAAAGCGGAAAAUAUCAAAGAAUGAUCAUGAUAAGCGGAAUCAUGGCAAUAUUGAUCCAAGGUAUCUCGAUGCCAAUCAAUGAGGAGAAACUUGUUAAUUGUAAGAAUGCGAUUUCCAGUUAUGGUUGGAAUUGGUAGUUUAGCAAUAACCAUCAAUGCUCUUCAAAUUUACUAUUUGAGAAAAUGUUUAAUACUUUUAAUAAUAUAUUUGAAAAUACCAUUCCCAGGCGUACAUGUAAAGUGAAUCCCAAUGCAAAUAAAGAUAAAAAACAUAAAACCAAUAGGUUUGAAAUUCGUCUUAACUGGCUAACUUGAAACGUGAGUUGAGUUUUUGUUUAGAAUUAUUUAGAUUGAAUAAAACAGAUCUGUUAAAAGCAAAUUACAGGAAUUACAGAAAUAAUGUUGUAAACAAGGCUAAGAGCAAAUAUAACUUGUAUUGAGUCAUCUAAAAAUAAAUGUAAGAAAGCUUGGAACCUAAUUAACUCAGUUGCAAAAUGUAAACAACAAGAAUGCUCUGUAAUAUCACCAAAUGAAUUUAAUAAUUUCUGUGUUGAGUCUGUAGGUAUUAUUCGUGAGUAAUAUUGUGAGGCCUCGUGAAACUGUGUCUGAACUUUUGAAUCAGUGUGCCAAGAAUAAGAGUAAGUGAAAAGUUAUCAUUCAAGGAGGUUCCAAUGGAGACAAUAUUUGAAGAUGUGAAUAACUUAAAACCCUCUGACUGUGUAGAUAUCUAUGAUAUAUCGAGUAAUUUGCGAAAACAGAUGAUUGGUUACAUAGUAGUUCCUUUAACUCAUUGUAUUAACAAAUGCUUGAAGGAGGGUGUAUUUCAUGAGGUACUCAAAUUAUCCAGGGUAGUGCCUAUUUAUAAAAAAGGGAAGAAAGGUUGUUCUUCUAGUUAUCGUCCAAUAUCCCUAACGCCCAUAAUUUCGAAAGUAUUGAAGUUGUGUCUUGUGUGAUUUUUUGAAUGCACAUAACAUACUUUCUGAUGAGUAAUUCGGUUUUAGGAAGGCUCGAUCGACGGUUCAUGCUGUGGAUACAAUUAUAAGAAAAUUGCUCAAGGCUUUUGAAGAGAGAUUUUGUUCAGCCUACGGUACCUUUUGCGAUCUCAGCCGAGUAUUCGAUUUUGUAGAGCAUGAUUUAUUGCUGGAUAAGCUAGUCUUACGGGGGGUAUGAGAAGUGUUGAGUUUUUACUCAAGUGUCAAGUCCCACUGUAGACCCCUGUUUGGAAAUUCUCACUAUAAUUAACCUUAAUAUAUUCACAGUUAUCUUCUAUACUAAGAAAAAUCUGCCAGAGCACCGCCUCAGAAGAGAUAUAGCCUACUGUUAUUCAAUAGACUGCCACAAGGCCAAGGCCCAAGCUCCGUUUCACGUGUUCACAAGAAAAUUAUAUUUCUGGUUGGUCAAAAAUCCUUUUUAUUCUCUUGACGAGUAUUUUUAACUUUAAAUCCAUGCUUUAAAUUAUUUACAAGAAUUGUAUUUAAUGUUAUAAAUUAUUGACUAAACUAUUGAAAAUUUGUAAAUUUCCAAAAUUAUUGUAAAUAUGACGUUGCUCAUAACAUGUAUGUUUCAUGGCAAUAAAAUUAUAUUUAUUUAUUUAUUAGUAGAUAACGUAAAAUAUAUAGUUUUUUAAUCCUUGUUAGACGUGAAUCAUCCAUGUCAAGUGCCUAUAAUAAAAGCGAUAUUAUGAA